CCCAGUUUUUGCCAGACUCUCAUCCACCUGUUGAAAGGGAACAUCGGUACGGGGCUGCUGGGUUUGCCUCUGGCGGUGAAGAACGCAGGCCUGGUGCUCGGCCCCAUCAGCCUGCUGUGUAUGGGGGUGAUAGCGGUCCACUGUAUGAGGGUGCUGGUGAAAUGUUCCCACUACCUCAGUAUAAAGAUGGACAGGGCGUCUCUGACGUACGGCGAGGCGAUGCAGUACGGGAUGGAGAACGUGUCCUGGCUCAGGAGACACUCGCAGUGGGGAAAACAGACGGUGAACGUGUUUCUGAUCAUCACUCAGCUCGGCUUCUGCUGCGUGUACUUCGUCUUUCUCAGUGACAACAUCAAGCAGGUGGUGGAAGCAGCGAAUGCCACCACCUCCAACUGCCACAUGAACUACACCAACCAGACGCAGGUUCUGGUGCCCAGCUUCGACUCGCGCCUCUACAUGCUCUGCUUCCUGCCCGCCGUCAUCCUGCUGGUGUUCGUCCCCGACCUCAAAUACCUGGCCCCCUUCUCUCUGGUGGCCAACCUGAUGAUGACGUUGAGCCUCAUCCUCAUCUACUUCUACUCACUCUCGAACAUCAAGUACCCCAUCGACCUCCCCAAAGUUGGGAGACUCAAAGACUAUCCUCUCUUCUUUGGGACGGCCAUCUUCGCCUUCGAAGGGAUCGGAGUGGUUCUUCCUUUGGAGAACAAGAUGCAACGGCCUCAGAGCUUCAUCCCCGUGCUGUACGUGGGGAUGGGCAUCGUCACCUUCCUCUACAUCAGCCUGGGCACCAUCGGGUACCUGUGCUUUGGAGAGACCAUCGGGGGGAGCAUCACCCUCAACCUGCCCAACUGCUGGUUGUACCAGGUUGUGAAGCUGCUCUACUGUUUCGGGAUCUUCAUCACAUUCGCCCUGCAGUUCUACGUCCCCGCAGAGAUCCUCAUCCCCCCCGUAAUUGCCCGGGUGUCGGUGAGGUGGGAACGUCCCGUGGACAUGCUGCUGCGCACCGUGCUCGUCCUCUUCACAUGUGCGUUGGCCAUCCUGAUCCCGGAGCUGGACCUGGUCAUCUCGUUGGUGGGCUCGGUCAGCAGCAGCUUCCUGGCGCUGAUCUUCCCCCCCAUCCUGCAGAUCAUCACCUUCCACACGGAGGGUCUGUCGCCGCUGGUGACCAUCAAGAACGCCGUCAUCAGCCUGAUCGGGCUCAUCGGCUUCAUCACGGGAACUUACAUCGCCAUCGAGCAGAUCAUCGAGCGCAACGGACACAAAGGCGCCGAGGCGUUCUCCUCCUUCAUGGUGCAGUGAUGACCCCAAAGACUUUAGGAAACGUAUUUGGGCACAUUUUAUAUUUAGUUUUAUCCUUCCAUUUGCUGCUGUUGGAUAUGGCGGCCACUUUUCUUUUUUAUCAUUAAUCUAUCGCGUGUUUAAGAAGCUGUAAGGAGUUCUGUUUCAUCAUGCUGUAAAAUCUGCCUCGUUUCAUCAAGUCCUGGAGAGUAGAGCAACAAUAACUCAAUAAUGAUAAAUCCAUUCCUUCAGGUAGCUUCCAGAGCUGUUAGGUAUUUAAGAGGUAGUCUAUCGUUGUGAAUAUAUCCAUGUUUAAUCAAACUACCUCACAGAAUGGUUUAUUUAAAUCCGGAUUAUCUAAACUCGUUCCACAUGUAGUGAACUUCUCCUUUAACUUAUUUAGAAGAACAUCGACAUUUGUGUUGCACUUUGAUCAAUGCCUUAUUCAGUAACGGCGCUCUACUCUGACACUAGACGCAUCAUGCAACUCUAAAUCCAGCAUCUGUAUUUUUACCAUUACCAACAAAUAAUGGGGUUGAGUGUCCUUACAUGGAAUCAAAAUCAAAAAGGAACAAAUUGGGGAAAAAAAACGCCUUUCUGAAGCGAGGCGUUGCAGUAGUGCUUAAAAGGAUGGAAGUAAAUAACACUCACCAAAGACAAAAGUAGGAGUUGUUUUUUUGUAAUUCAGAGAUUACUUUAGGCCAUUAAGUCCCAAAUACAGCUCUUCAAACAUGCAAUACUUACCUGGGUAUUUACCGAAGAGUCAUUCUUUUUGGGGCUCCGAGAUUUUACGUCAGAAUUCAGUUUUUUAUCAUUUUUCUCAUAAAGUCGGAAUAUUGAGUAAAAAGUCAGAUUUUCAAGAAAAAACUGAAUUUUAAACAAAAGUCAAAUUUGUUAUAUUUUGCGAAAAAGUCCGAAUUUUGAAUAUUUGGGAAAAACUCUGGAAUUCUGAAGUAAAAAAUGUAAUUUCUGAUAUUUUCUUAAAAAGCCAGAAUGUUCAGGAGAAAGGCAGACUCUUUUUUCAGAACUCUUCGGGUCUGAUUCAUCUGGUUCAUCCCCAAAAUCCCCAAAACGAAGUAGAAGAUUUGUCACAACAGCAGUGCAGUGUUUGCUCGCCAUGAUGCACCAAAAAUCACGUAAUGCUCGAACCUAAGAUCUGGAUUGAAGUCGAAUUAUUUAAAAAAGGGAAAUGAUCUCAUUCAGGACAAGAUGAAGAAUAUCAGGAUUGCUUUUCUUGGGAAAGCAAAUCAGGAUUUCAUUUAAAAACAGAUAAUUAUAAGCAGUAAACGCUCAGGGAUGCUCAACCCUAGAGUACACGUCACAUUACUAAACAGAACACUUCAACCGUAGAAGUAGAUCAGACUUUAGUGGUACCGUCUUUACGUGGGAGCUCUUCCGUGUUCCUGGUUUUUGAUCCAGUUGUGUUUUGAUGGUGUUGUUUGGUUAUUGAACAGCAUGCAUUUUUUAAAUCCUAACCUUGAACAUGUUUUUUUCCUUUGGUUGUAACUACAGAGCGGCUCUGCGUGUAAUAUAAUGUAAUAUGUCUGUAAUAUAAAACACACACUGUAAUGACGUGUUCUCGGUUCCACGGGUCAAACCGUCAUCGGACCGACGCGCUCUGUACGUCUGAAGCUUCGUGUCGCCGUGUUCUGUGGCAGUAUAAAGAAGGCUUAUUUUUACAGACUUUAAAUCAGCUGUUUGUGUAUAUAUCCAUUUGUUGCAUAUGUAAAUGUCUGCACACACACACACACACACACACACACACACACACACACACACACACACACACACACACACACACAGUUUUAAUUUAUUUUAAAUACCCAUGUUUUCUUUUAUUCUGGAAUUGAUGUGCUAAAAUUGCCACUUGACACUUUAAGGGACAAUGGCAUGAGGAUGAUGAUGAUGAUGAUGAUGAUGAUGAUGAUGAUGAUGAUGAUGAUGACGAUGUGAAGCUUCUGAAAGAAGAGUCAUUUUAACUUUCAUUUAUUGCUGACUAAUGAUUUUUCUAGUUAAUAAUUUCGUUAUUUUACACAAGAUUAAUUGUCUAACCCAUUUUAGAGUCAUCAUUCGAGCUGUCCGCUUCAUCGGUUUGAUAUUUGUAUUUUAAUAAAUUAACGACAACUGAUAUCUUUAUUCUCACCUCUUUAUUCCUCUCUGAAUAAAUACAUUUCAAAGCA